AUAGUAACUUGAGAAAAAGGCAGUUUCCAUUUGCAUAUAGCAGCAUUGCAAUUUUGUGACUCUUGUCUCAAAAUAUCAGCAAUAAUCCACGAGAGUUUAAGAUCUGGCCCCUCGCUCCUUAAAACACCACCAACUAACGAACUACUCAAAAGCACUCGCAUCUCAAAACCACAAUGCCACAAACUAGUGGCCUCUAUUAAAGAGCUAAGAAAUUAAAAGCACCUCAAUUGCCCACACACUAAUCUCUAUAACCAACCCUCUCUUCCAAAUUCCAAUAUGCAAAGCAUCAUUUAUCUUUGCGUAACAAUCAUCUUGUGCAUUCACACAAACAAUAAGUGUGGUUUCCUCGUACAAGGUCUCACCUCAUCCUCAGAUAUUGAAGCACUAAAGGCUUUCAAGGCCUCAAUCAAACCCUCCUCAAUAACACCAUGGUCAUGCAUAGCAUCCUGGAACUUCACCACUGACCCAUGCUCCGUCCCUCGCCGCACCCACUUCACGUGCGGCCUCACCUGCACCGCCGACAACACCCGCAUCAACCAAAUCACCCUCGACCCCGCUGGCUACACAGGAACACUCACCCCACUCGUCUCUCAACUCACCUCACUCAUCACUCUCGACCUCUCCGAUAACUCUUUCUAUGGCACAAUCCCUUCUUCUCUCUCUUCGCUCUCAAAACUCCAAACUUUAUCCCUCCGAUCCAACUCUUUCUCAGGUUCAAUCCCUCCCUCCAUAACCACCCUCAAAUCGCUCCAAUCGCUUGAUCUUUCACAGAAUUCUCUUUCUGGGUUCCUUCCAAAGUCCAUGAACUCUCUCACUAGUCUCCGAAGAAUGGACCUCAGCUUCAACAAGCUCACCGGUGGACUCCCCAAGUUACCACCCAACUUGCUGGAUUUGGCGAUCAAGGCAAAUUCUCUAUCUGGGGUUCUUCAAAAAACAACCUUUGAAGGUUUAAACCAGUUGGAAGUGGUGGAACUCAGUGAUAACGCACUUCAGGGGAUCAUCGAAACGUGGCUCUUCCUUUUGCCUUCCCUGCAGCAACUGGAUUUGGCCAACAACUCCUUCAGUGGUGUGGAGAUCUCGAGGCCGGUUGUUGGCGGUGGCGGGAACAGCCUCGUGGCGGUGAAUCUUGGUUUCAACAAGAUCCAAGGCUACGCCCCCGCGAAUCUCGGCGCGUAUCCGUCGCUGUCAUUUUUGUCGCUCCGUUACAACGCGCUACGUGGCGCGAUACCAUUGGAGUACGGGAAAAGCAAGUCCAUGAAGAGGUUGUUCCUGGACGGGAACUUCCUAAUGGGGAAGCCACCGGCGGGACUGGUGGCUGCCGGAGCUGAAGUUUCCGGCAGCUUGGGUGACAACUGCCUUGAGGGGUGUCCUGCGAUGUCGCAGCUGUGCACGCCGAAACAGAAACCGAGCUCUGUUUGCAAGCAAGUCUACCGUGGAAGACCUACGAGAUAGUUUCAAUAAUGUGUCGGUUGCAAAACAAUAAAAUAAUUAGAUUUCUAUUUUACUAAACAAGGUUCUUUGUACUUCGUAGAACCAUCUUCUUGUUAUAGAUUACGUGUUUUAUAAAGGAAUCUGUGUAAAAACCAGUAUACUUUAUUAAUCAAUUAAUUAUAUUUAUCGCCAUCUUAUG